ACCGCAUGAAUGUUACAUUAUCACCUGCAUUCAUUUGGGUUUGGUGCAAUUAAUAUAUAAAAGACACACACUGUCUUUUGAAGUUCAUAAACGGUUCUCCAUUGAAUCCCCAUGGAUAAGAUCAAAUAAUUUCUUUUUCUUUUUUUUAGUGCCCAAAGAAGUUACCUUUCAAUUCUUCCAUUUCCACACACAUAUAUAAAUAAUCAUCCCACAACCUCUGCAAAACUACCCCUCAUUGUAGCCAGUUAUGAGUUACCUACCGUUUCUAAAGAAACUACUAGUUCUUUAGACCACUUUCUUUCCCUUCUUCAACCCCCAUUGAGUUUUCUCUCAUUUUUCCAAGCUUCAACACCAUGAAUAUUGCGCAUUUCUUGUUCGGCAUAUUUGGGAAUGCUUCUGGUUUGUUCCUCUUCUUGGCCCCAACGGUAACAUUCAAGAGGGUCAUUGCGAACAAAUCCACAGAGAAAUUCUCUGGCGUUCCUUACCCUAUGACACUUCUCAACUGUCUCCUUUCAACUUGGUAUGGUUUACCUUUUGUGUCCCCACACAACAUUCUAGUAUCAAUAGUCAAUGGCACAGGAGCAGUGAUUGAAAUCAUAUACGUUUUCAUCUUCGUGUUGUUUGCACCCAAGAGAGAGAAAGCAAAGAUUCUUGGUCUUUUCUCGUUCGUGGUGGCGGUGUUUUCUGGUGUUGUUCUGGUGUCUCUGUUGGCUCUGCAUGGAAACACCAGAACACUCUUCUGUGGUUUCGCUGCUGCAAUAUUUUCCAUCAUCAUGUAUGGGUCACCUCUCUCCAUCAUGAGGCUAGUGAUCAGAACGAAGAGCGUGGAGUUUAUGCCCUUCUUUCUGUCACUGUUUGUGUUCCUGUGUGGCACUUCCUGGUUCAUCUACGGUCUAAUUGGUCGUGACCCAUUUGUGGCUGUACCUAACGGCGUGGGUUCACUGCUGGGAGCGACGCAGCUCAUACUCUAUUUUAUAUACCGUCACAGUAAAAGUGAUCCCAAGAAGGAAACAGCAACAGAAGAAGAAGAAGGAACCGUGGAGAUGCCGAACCAGAACCAGACCAACUCCAAUAGAACAACUCCUCAAGAGGAACGCGUCUAGAGGAACAUAUAAGACCACCUCUUUGAUUUCGACAGUGCUUAUACUUUUGUUGUUGUUUGUUGUCGUCUCUGUGUUUUCUCAAUGAUUUGGAUCUUCUUACAGUUUUCCUUUUGAUAAUGGUUUUGUUAGGUUAGCCAUUGUCGCUUCUGUUUCUUUUUGUUUGUUAUCUUCGUUUUCUUUCUUUCUCUCUCCCAUGGAAACAGUUACAGAGCUAUUUUGUGUUUGGAUGAAGUUUGAAGAAAAUGUGAAUAUAUGGAAAUAGUAAUAGUUUUUGUUCGUAA